AUGAAGCUCGUUCCCGUGGAUUAUCUCGGCUUCACGGCCAUGGAUCGCAGAUUCAGCGGUCCUAUGUUGCCCUGGAUCAUCAGCGAGAUCAAGAAGCGUGGGAUUUCCGAGCAGGUGAACUUGUUGGUGGCUUCUGGCUGCAUUUCUGCAUACACGAAUUACAAGGAGCAGCCUUUGUUCAGACACCUCCUGAACGGCUCGUCGAAGCCGCAGAUGGUUCCGCCAGCCUUGCAGGACUCGAAGGGCGGCAGCUUCCUUCAUCUCAUCAAAGGCUACGAUGGCCUCUAUUACUAUCAUCUCUUCAAGGCCAAAGACUCGGAAACCGUUCAAGAACUGUUCAACGCGAUGAAGGAGCAGGCCUCGGCUUCCAAACUCGAGAGGGAUAAAGACCUUCCUCAAAGGUCUUACAGCAGCGCAGCUACUCUGACGACAAUAGGCGCUGACAUAUCUCCCAGUUCGUCCCAUUUCUUCGAGGUGCUGUACGUCGGGAAAAUCAAAGUGAAUUACCAAAAAGUACCCGAGUCGUUCAUCGACAAUGCCCUCACGAAGAUCCGGGCCCACGGGCUGGAGAAGUCCAAAUCCUCGGCGAACAAUCUGCUCGCGGAGUGUCAACGACUGCAGAAACACGCCACCAUGAAGUCGAGUUCCUCCGCUGGUAACAGGAGAGACAGCAUGGAUUCGAGCGCCAGCGAGCUGGGAAGUAUGGAGAACUUGUCGGGAAGCAACGUUUUGUCCGCAACUAGUCCCCUGGGGUCCGCAACGGCCAUAGGAGGUUCCGUCGAGGCCAUCCCGCCUGCGAACAACAAUUUCGAAAACGACGGUCAGGAAGGUAAUCAAGUGCCAAAGAGAAACGAUAACUCCGGUAUGCCGUUGCCCGACGUGAUGAGGAACCGGGCCUCGUCUACCGGCAGCGUAACGAUAGACAGGAGAGACUCGAAGGGCGGCUACGAGCACAAUCGUACAAUGCUGUUUCAGGUCGGUCGGCAGGAUCUAAGGCUGAUCAGUCCCGAUAAGAAACAAGUGCUGCUUCAUAAACAGCUCAAGGAUGUGGCGAGCUGCGUCCAGGGCAUACAAAAUCCGGAACACUUCGGCUUCGUCUGCAGAGAGGCUGGGGUCGAGUACUACGUCGGCUACGUCUUCAAGUGCCAGUCCGAAUCCGUUGCCGAUGAUCUAGUCGGAGCGAUUAAGCAAGCAUUCGUCGCGUGCGACAAUUCGAGGAGAGAGAGGCAUCACCCGGUGUUCUCCUGCGAUCACUGUCCCAUGGUUUGGUACAACAAAUUGUGCCAGGAGAUCGAAGGACAAAAUGACAGGAAGACUCAAAGUAUAAUAUUCUCUCGGCUGGAGAUGCUACCGGAAGACGAGCAGGAGAUCGUCGUUACCAAGUACAAAGGAGCGGAAGCAGCGGGGGGUUCCGGCACCGUUACCAGUUUGCGGGAGCAGAAUCAAUUCCUCGUGAUGCUCCUCCGGGCACAUUGCGAGGCGAAACAGGCGAGACACGUCCACGACACGGCGGAGAACAGGAGCGAGUUUCUCAAUCAGUAUUUAAGCGUGGGAGUGGGAAGUACAAUUUUCAUGAAGGCGAAGCGUUCUUUGACGAACAGCUUCGACAACCUCAUGAAAAGGAAGGGGUCGAGAGAUGAUUUCGGCUUGGGUCCGCAAUUGCGCGACUCGAAUUCUAUGAAUCAAAGAAACGGAAGUCAGAGUCCUGUAAGUUCGGGACCUUCUUCGAUAGUCGAUGGUCCUUCGGAGGCCGGAAGACCGAAAUCCUUGAGAGUCUCUCCGGAGCAGCAGCUGACCGUUAACACUGGACCAAAGAGUCCCAUGAUGGACAUCUUUUUAAAAGUGGGCAAUUCCCCGAAAACGUCUCCCACGGUAGUGGACGAGAGCAGUCGACUACAAUCCAGCGGAUCGUGGAGACAAGCGAUUCUAAAUCGUGUCGUAACUCCUGGUAAGGAUAAAGAGAACAAGGAGAGCGACGGUUCCGUGGGUAGCAACGCGAAUAAGAAAAGCCAAGCACCGGCCGCUCGCCGGACUAAAGAAGAAUUGAGGGCGCUCUGGAAGAAGGCGAUCAAUCAGCAGCUCAUUCUCAUUCGGAUGGAGAAAGAAAAUGCUCGACUUAGAGUGCGCCAGGAAGAAGCGACCGUGAAGAGAAUUAAAUUAGAAUACGACGAGUUAAGUAGUUGCGCGAGAGAGCUGAUCGAAGUUUGGGAUCUUCUGGUCAGCAAAGAGUCCAGGAUCUCCACAAAAUGCGACAACCAGAUGCUGCUGCAAGCUAUAAAACAAGGUGUUCCUAGAGGCAAACGCGGCGAAGUCUGGCAAUUCUUGGCCGAGCAAUUUUGUCUAAAGCAGCCUCCGAUGGAUACGAGGAACUUCCCGAAUUACAACGUGCCCUAUGACUUGUUGCUGAAGCAAUUGACGUCGCAGCAACACGCAAUUCUCAUUGAUUUGGGAAGGACGUUUCCGAAUCAUCCGUAUUUCAGCUCGCCAUUGGGACCUGGACAACUAGCUCUUUUUAAUCUAUUAAAGGCCUAUUCUCUUCUCGACCACGAAGUUGGAUAUUGUCAAGGACUCAGCUUCGUGGCUGGAGUGCUCCUUCUACACAUGGCAGAGGAUCAGGCGUUCUUCCUGCUGAGGCACUUGAUGUUCGAGAGAGGUUUGAGGAAGUUGUAUCUCCCGGACAUGGCUGCACUUCAGUUGCAUCUGUACCAGUUGUCGAGACUUCUUCACGACCGAUUGCCGACUAUUUACGAUCACUUUGACAAACACGAAGUGUCGCCUACGUUGUACGCGGCCCCCUGGUUGCUGACUUUGUUCGCCAGUCAGUUCCCUCUGGGAUUUGUAACUAAAGUAUUCGAUUUACUUUUCCUCGAAAGCUCGGAAGUGAUCUUUCGCGUAGCUAUGGCCUUACUGGAGGAACAUCAGGAUCGUUUAAUUUGUUGCGAUAGUUUUGAGGAAAUCAUGGAGUAUCUUAAGGUUCGAGUGCCAGCCGUGGAUAAGAAUAUUUUAGAUAGAGUGAUGAAGAGGGUGUUCUAUCCGGACACGGAGAUGGGUAAACAGUUGAACGAGUACAGAGUGGAGUACCACGUAUUACAGGAAGAAAUGCUUUCCGUGAAACCACAGAUAGAGAACAUGGAGAAACUUGAGUUACUUAACAAGCAGCUCGCCCAGCAAAACGCACAUCUCAGCGAACAGCUCGAAAUUGCCAUGAGCAACUUACACAGUCUCGAAACGACCCGAUCCAUGCAAGGUUCCAACGUCCACAAAUUGGAGUCGCAGAACCGAAGUCUCUUGGUGACCGUCACGACAUUGGGAGCCUUUAUCCAGCAAUUGGUAGAUACUCGAACCGACAUAGAGAUUCCAGGGGACGUGCGUAGAAUAGUGGCCCAACUGAGCACCGCGGAGAAGCGAUCCAACAGUAUCGGCAAGGCGUAUCCUUUGAAAGUGAUCGAAGAUAACAACAACAAGUACGAACCGAUAAAAAGCAGUUCAACCGGCAGAGAGUCCCAGAGGUUCUUAAAGAGUGGCAACAAUCUGACGGAUGCACCUUAUCCACUAAAGUCCACCUUGAGUCAGCCCAAUCUUGGUGCUCGACUUGAGAAGGUGUCGUCUUUCUUUGCCAAUUCGCAUAAUCACAUUCGCCAGCAACGCGCGCAAAUGGCUGCGAUCAGAAGCGAAUCCGGCGAAUCCGGUGAAUCCGGCGAAGAAAAAUUUGGCAUUCGCGGUAACGAUGAAAACGAUCAGAAAACUGUAAACAUUGACAUUCGGAUAACCGAUACGGUCAAUACCGCCAACGAGACCCGACCUCAAAGCGAGGCUAAUCUUAAAAUCGACACGAUCGGUUUGGAAAAAUCAAUUUCGUUGCCGUUGUCGAAUGCUAAGAUUAAGCUGAAACCGUCGAAAUCGUCGUACGAGCUGGGUUCCGUUAAGAAGAUUCCCACGACGAAGUUGGAAGACACGUGCAGCGAUAACGUAACCAGUGUUAUGGGAACUGUGCAUCCGCUCGAUAACUGCAGCGAAGUUAACUUCAAGUACGGGGGCACUACGAAGCUCAAGUGCAUCAAACCGAUGAGAUUCCAGGCGCAAAACGGGCAAGGAGACACCCUCAAUCAAGAUAUACAAAGUCAGAAUUCAGAGAUAUUAACUAGAUAACGGUUGCUGCUGGUUACCAUCCUCGAAGAGAAUAUAUUGUGAGACAACCGUCAAAGAAUUUAGACGACGGAGAGUGGCGUCGUCGGUUAAGGAGUUGCAUCGGUCUCUCGUGACGAUUAGUUUAUCGUAUUAACGUAUUCCUUUCGUUAUGAUUUACGUCGGAUAAAGGGUGUAGAGAGAGAGAAAUUGGGUAUAUUAGUGCACUCGUGAUUCGUCCAGUAUGUAGACAUUUCGGCACCGUUGUUACUUUUUUUAGGAACCAACGACCCUGUCUCGGUGUUCGUUGGGUAGACGAAGGCUAAAACGGUCAGGAACUUUAUUGCUAUACAACUGAAAUUUUCCAGAGCGUACUUUAUGGGGUUUGAGUUCAUCGAACACGCCUUGCCAAUAUUUUCUAGACAGAGGGACUACGAUACUACUUUAAAGUCUAGAAACGUUUGGUUGAUGUAUAAGGGAAAAGUCUAUGAAUUUUUACAAACAUUUUUACGAGCUUCCAAAAAUUCUAAAAUAACCCUAGAAGACCGAACGCGUUAAGAAGUGGUUAAAAUACCCUCUCCUAGUGUUUUUGACGCCGGAGGGACUGGACGUCUCUUUUUUUACCAAAAUGCGAUGCUCCACUCGGUACGUUUUGGAAAUUCCCUCCUCGACUUUACUCGCAACUAAAAUUCGUCCCGAAGCUAAACCUUAAACAUCGGAUUACGUUCCUGUCCUUGAGAUUUCAUCGAACGGUGAAUCUUAACCAGGAGCGAAAACGAUUGGCUCGGUUUCUUGCCAUAUUUACAAUUCGCCAAGACUUGUAAUAAGUGCUCACGCUCGCGCAAAUAUUUAGACUCGUCUUUUAUCCCGCUGGAACGUUAACGUAUCUUUGAUCCUAAAAGGUAUAUCUAACUUUGCAGGAACGGUAGGUAUACCGAAUGAUCAAACUGCCAAAAUUUUUAUAUAGUCGAGUACUGACCGUGGAAUCCACCUCGAGGUAGAAACAUUGCGCGGUACUUAAUGUGUGUAAACUUAAAUAUUGGUACAAAUAGUCAGUCUUAGAAGUUAGAUAUAAUUAAUUUAAAUUCGACUCGAUUCCACUUUAUAAGCAUCGUUAUUGGUAUAUUGGUAAAAAUCUGAAAUUUGAUAAAACAUAGAAAGUAGGACGCAAUCCUUAAGAUUCCUUAAUCAUAAAAGCGAUGAUUACUUUAGUUUCUCACCCAUUACUCGAAUGAUUGCGAUAAGUACAGACAUUAGGUAAUCGUUUCGGGGAGUUUCUUUGGUUUUUUCGGACGUUCGUAUCUUAAAACGUAAACAUUUGGUUCACCGGUCGUUCGGAACGGUACCUUUUAUUUGACCAUUGCCCUAUGAAGAUUGUUAACGGUGGCGAUUCUCCGAUAUAUAUUAUAGAGUAACGUUAAAGUCUAUAAAAUAUUAUUUUUUGUAGCAUUUAGAUUUGUACCGUCUAGCCAGUAGAGAUAAAUAUUUAUAACAGCAGGAGGUUUCCGAAACAACUGUCUAAAUGAAGUGAAAUUAUUUGAAGGGAGAUAAACGGAUGAAAUCGUAGAGUCCGUACCUUUUUUGUCUAUGUAUAUAUUAUAAAGAAAAAAAGAUUUAGGCGUAUCGUAGACGAUUAUCCCCCAAACCGAAGUAUCCGCAGGUUUCGUAAAUAAGUUCCCCUUAACCGUAUUUACCCAUUUUUUGGAGUAAUAUAACCGGAUACUUAAUAAUUUGCUUCCAUCGAAUAUUUCAAAUGUUAUUCGAAUGUCAAUUCCAAGGAAGUCGAUCGAGCUCCUAGAAGUAAUUUAAUAACCUUUACAGUUUGUUACGAGAGUUCCGCUCUACUUUGAUAAAUUUACUUUAAACCUCUAACCCUUAGAUUCUUACCGAAUCGUUCCGUCGGACAAGGCAUGGCAAAGAUGCACAUAUCGAACUUAAAUAUUAUUAACUAACGAUAAGUAUAAUUAAACACGGUUUCGUCUCGUUGACUUCCUAAAGCUCUAGUUUCCCCUGAAGCGAUAGAAUAAAGUUCAAUACGACAACGGUAAAUAAAAGUUCAAUAUCGAAAAUGGACCGGUCUCCGUCGAUGUACGAAUCUUCGAAUAAAAUUUGAAAUACCAAAUCAAACGUCUCGUCAUGUGAUAAUAUUGUAGUUAACUGUAAUUCCAAGAUGUAGGAAAUAAAUCGAGUGACUUCUUCGAAAGGUCCCUGUUCAUAGUGUCACUUUUUGUUUCGGAUUUCGAAAGGACUCGCGGGCUUUGUCGCGUCGGAACCGUUGUAAGCAGUAUUGUAAAAGAUGUGUAAAUACGAAUCGACAUCAUCGAUGAGUGCUCUUUCGGUUAAUCUACAAGCGUAUUAUUUUUUACGUCGAGUCAACACGGUAUACUUUAUCGUGUUAUAACGAAUUACCCUCUAACGUCUUACGUAAGUCCUUUCUGGGAUGUCCGUUUAGGGCACUCGGUUUAUGUAUCAAUAAAGUACGACUCGACUACUGUA